UGUCCCGCUGUGCAGCUGUGAUUGGCGGGAAGGACAAGUCCUCUGGCCCCGCCCCCGCCUGUCUUUGCCGCGCUCCGCUCCGUGGGUUUUUCGCAAAGGUGGAGAGCGUGAUUCAGGCGCUUGGAGCCGGUGAAGCAGCAUUCCCAAUUUUGACUGUCCCUGUUCUUCCUCGACUCCCUCUUGGGUCAGAGCCAAGGGUAGGCGAGUCCUUUUCUGCUGAGCUUUGGGGAACUGUUGCUCGGGACCUGGGCACUACUGACGCGUCAGCUCAGCCUCACUCCUUUCCACAGCUUCACUGUGAAAUCUCUCCCAGGUCUGUAGCCCCGAGAAUCCCUCUGCUCGGAGGAGGGGUCCAGGCAAACCUCCAGUGUUUGAAACAGAGAGGGCUUCGGUCCUGCGGGAGCUGUCUGAGGUGCUGACGCUUCCCAAGCUUUGGUCUCCCGCAGCCCCAGCAGGGGUUAGAUGGCACGUUUUCACUUCUGCCUUUCUGGUCCCCCAUGCCUUGGAUAAGACUGUUCGCAGGAUCGUGAAUAUCGCUCCGUACCAUGGCCCACGUGAGACACUUUCGGACACUAGUUUCUGGAUUUUACUUCUGGGAAGCCGCACUGUUACUGAGUUUGGUCGCCACGAAGGAAACAAACAGUGCAAGAUCCCGAAGUGCUCCUAUGUCACCUUCUGAUUUUCUGGACAAGCUAAUGGGGAGGACAUCGGGAUAUGAUGCAAGAAUCAGGCCCAACUUUAAAGGUCCUCCAGUGAACGUCACAUGCAACAUAUUCAUAAACAGCUUUGGCUCCAUCGCAGAGACUACUAUGGAUUACAGAGUAAACAUAUUUCUUCGUCAGAAAUGGAAUGACCCUCGUCUUGCAUACAGUGAAUAUCCUGAUGAUUCCUUAGACCUGGACCCAUCCAUGUUGGACUCCAUUUGGAAACCUGACUUGUUCUUUGCUAAUGAGAAGGGGGCUAACUUCCAUGAAGUCACCACAGAUAACAAGCUGCUAAGAAUUUUCAAAAAUGGAAAUGUCCUUUACUCAAUAAGAUUAACAUUAACACUCUCCUGUCCAAUGGAUCUCAAGAAUUUCCCAAUGGAUGUACAAACAUGUAUAAUGCAAUUAGAAAGCUUUGGGUACACAAUGAAUGAUCUCAUAUUUGAAUGGCAAGAUGAAGCACCAGUACAAGUAGCCGAAGGACUCACUUUGCCUCAAUUUCUGUUGAAAGAAGAAAAGGAUUUGCGAUAUUGCACUAAGCACUACAAUACAGGAAAGUUUACAUGCAUAGAAGUGCGAUUCCAUCUUGAGCGGCAAAUGGGCUACUACUUGAUCCAGAUGUACAUUCCCAGCCUUCUGAUUGUCAUUCUAUCUUGGGUAUCAUUCUGGAUUAACAUGGAUGCUGCCCCAGCGAGGGUGGCUUUGGGCAUCACCACGGUGCUCACUAUGACCACACAGAGUUCUGGAUCCCGGGCUUCCCUACCAAAGGUAUCAUAUGUCAAAGCUAUUGAUAUUUGGAUGGCAGUAUGCCUCCUUUUUGUGUUCUCAGCACUUCUGGAGUAUGCAGCAGUGAAUUUUGUAUCAAGACAACACAAGGAACUUCUGAGAUUUCGACGAAAGAGAAAGAAUAAGACAGAAGCUUUUGCACUGGAGAAGUUUUACCGUUUCUCAGACACGGAUGAUGAGGUGAGGGAGAGUCGGUUCAGCUUCACAGCAUAUGGAAUGGGGCCAUGUCUGCAAGCAAAGGAUGGUGUGGUUCCAAAAGGCCCCAACCACGCUGUUCAGGCAAUGCCAAAGAGCCCUGAUGAAAUGAGGAAGGUCUUCAUCGACAGGGCAAAGAAGAUUGACACCAUCUCCCGAGCCUGCUUUCCGCUGGCGUUUCUGAUUUUUAACAUUUUCUACUGGGUUAUCUAUAAAAUUCUUAGGCAUGAAGACAUUCAUCAGCAGCAAGAUUAGGCCUCUGAAGGAGUACAAAAACAGUGAAUUCAGGAGAAAGUUUCCCUGACAUAGGCGUGGGUGUGUGUGCGUAUGGUGUACAAGCGAUAGCCAAUGAAUCAAAACAGCAUAUGGAGAAAGAGUUUAUUUUGAUUUUCUAUGUAAAAUAAUGAAACAGAUUGAUUCUUUUAAGGGAUACAAAAUAUACAUUGUGGGGGUCCUGUUUCAUACAAUUGCCAUUUUAGCUGUUUUCUUCACCAUUGCUAUGUGUGUUGUAUCUGUUUUACUAGCACAUACAGUAGUAGACUUGAUAAUUACUUUCAGAUUUCUUGGUUUUUAAUUUAAUUAUAGUAAAUAUAGUGGAAUCGAGAUUUACACAGUAAAAACUAUUUUAAAAAGUAUAACAAAAUGAUGAGAAUAAUAGAAAGUAAUAGCUUGAGAUGUAAAGUAUUUUAAAAAAAUAAAGUAACAAGAUCAUUAAGUGGCACAUUCACUGCUGUUAGAACACUAUCCAUAGGAACAUUGUAAAACCAAUAUACACAAUAAAAAAUAAUAAAGUGGAUUAUCAAAAUGAAAGAUAUAAUUUAGAAUACUAAAUAUCUCUCUGGAAAUUUAAAAUAAAUGGCUUAAGCAAUCAUUCUAUAUAAAAAUACUACUUAUCUUUACAUCUCUAGAAAUGAAGAUGAAGAUUCUGAAGACAGUCUUUGUUUGUAAAUAAGUGUUACAUGUAUUUUUCAUUAGUGCCAAACACUGAAAAUUUUAAGCCAGCACAUUUGUUUUGUUAAAUUUAAUAGUGGCUUAAUUGUUUGUAUGUUUUGGUGUUUUUAUGUAAUUAAACAAAAUUCAAUAAGACUUUUCUAUUUAGUUUAGAAUGAGACUUUAAAUAUUAGUUAUACUAAAGCACUUACAUUUUGAUAAAAAAAAUCAAGGAAAAAUACUAAUUGAUUCAUGAAGGAUUUUUAAUAAUAGUUUUUCUCAUCAAAGUUAUGUGAACCCCACAUUCCUCCAAAGAAUAGGAGAAUGGGCUUUAAUUAUAAAUGAUUGAAACAUAUCAGUUCUACCAACUGAAAUUAUUUUAAUUUUUAUGAGAUAAUGCAUUCAAAAUAGUGGUUACAAGGCAUGAAGAAUUAAAAGCAACAUUGCUUGAAAAAGAAAUUUGUUCAUGACCCAGGCUAUUAUUUCAGCAAUGGAGCUUUGUUAGCUUAGUCAUAAAACAGUUGCUAAGCUAGAACUCACUUAUUGUUUUUUCUUAAUUAUUAUUAUUAUUAAUAUUAUAUUUUAAAAUGUUUAGAGUGAUUUUUAGAUAUUUUAAUGAUUGGUUAGUCUAUAAAAUUAUAUACAAUGAAAAUAUCAAGAAUUUUAAAAAUUCAGAUGUUAUUUAAAAAAAAAAAAACAGAACAGUUUUGAACCACAUGGUACUAUUUUCUGAUCUUCAACUACUCCCAAAACUCAAAGCAAAAACUGCCAUUUAAAACUAAAAACUUUUAAAUGUCUCUGUAGUUUGGUUAUCCCAAGCAUAGAUUUUAAAAUUAACUUUUUAGAAAGUAACCCAUGCUAAUCAGGUUUGCUAAUAAAAGGCAAAAUAUCACUUUUAUAAGUAAUUUACACAAGAUAAGAAUACUGUGUUUGUGAUUAUAUGCGAAGUCUACAAGUAAAAUAAUUUGUUACUGUGAGCUUCCUUUGCUAGAAAACUACAACAUAGGUGUCAUCUUUUGCUGUCUAUGAGCCAAAACCAUAGAAAUAUAUUGAUGUAUUUAAAUAUUAGAGCAAAAUAUGUUACUUAUGCUGAGAGUUAGUCAGGGUGUAAAGGAGCAAUGAACAACACCCUUCAGUAUUGGCAAAAUGCUUGCAUAUAUUUUUGCUUAGUUUAUAUAUUUUAUUUCAAAAGUUUUCUGACAGUACCUAAAUUGAGUAAACCCUGCCAGCAGCACACUGAAAUAUGAUAAACACUAAUACACAUAUGCCCCAAAGAAAACCAGGUGUGACUAGCUUUUACAUUUGAGGUCACUAGAUAAUCUGUAUUUUCUUUUAACCUCUGAAAGUGGAAGAUAAUAUAUCAGUCAUGAGAAAAUUUGUCAAGAAUGACAUUAGUUCUAUAGAAACAUUGCUAUCUCAAAAGUACAUUUUUCUUUAUCUUUCUUUAUGAAUAAUUCUGAUUUCUAUUUUAUCUACCUUGUCUUCCAACAACAACAACACACACACACACACACACACACACAUACUAUAAACUUAAGGCAUUCAUUACACUGCAAACAGCGAUGAAUCAAGAGGGCUUAGAAGAAUGUGCCCCCUCUAAUAAACUAAUGAAAUAUUACAGAGCCUUUAAAACUGAAAUAAUAACAACAUCCUGAGGUAUUUGCUUCAAAACACCUGUGUCAAAUGAGAUUUUGUUUCUUAGUACUGAGGAUUGGAACCAGGAUUUGUUAAAUGUUAUGGGAAGAUAUUGCCACUAAGCUACAGCCAGAGUCCUAAUUCAAAAUUAAAAACAGAAAAAAAUAUAUCAAUGGUAAAAAAAUAAUUUAAAAGCUGGGCACAGUGGUACAUGCCUAUAAUCCCACCAAUGUGGCAAGAAACACAGAUCCCUUUGAGUUUGAGACCCAGCUGGUCUACAAAGCGAGUCCAGAACAGCCACAGACAAGACUACACAGAGAAAGCCUGCCUCGAAGGUGGGGUGGGGAGAUAAAGAAUUGAAAUAUGCAUAUACACUAACUACUAUUCACAUAAAUUGGAAUUUCAGUGCAAAUUCUCUGAAGUGUUCUGAACUAGCCAUAUUAGAAUCUAUGGGAGUAUGUGGAGUGCAUGCUGUUUAUUUCACUUAAUUUUAAAAUUUAUGAAUUUUAACUUGAAAUCGUUCCACAGAACAUGCAUUUCUAGGUAAUCUGUUUUCUUGUUAAUAUAGAUGUGUAUAACUUUCUCUUUCUUCGCUAAUCACUACAAGACCAAGUAGAUACCAGAACCACUGUAGAAAUGAAAAGUUUAAAUCAUCCCUAUUCUCUCCAGAAAUGUUUCCAUAACACUUAACCAAAGAGCUAUUCCAGCUCUCAACUCUGCUACACAGAAUAUCAUGAACGCUUACUUUAUUCCAUAAUACAUUCUUAUUGUGUGAAUGUAUUCAAAUAAAUUCAAUUUUAAUUUUGAAUUGUAACUACAUGAACAUCUUAUAUACGUAUUACAUGAUUAUGAGCAUUGAUUUUAUAAAUGCCCAGUAUCUAUAUAUGAUACUAGAAGUUAUAAUGAUAACUGUGAAAAUGAUAAAUCAUAUGCCCUUAAGUACUCUAAUAUUUUUGUAAAUGAACAAACUACUUGGAUAUAAUUAGGUGUGCCUUUCAUAUUGUUUUAAUAUUAUAUUCAUCUCAUUUUGUAAAUACAUAGUUUUCUAUUCUUAACAUAACAUGUCUUAAUCUGCUAGUUACUUGGAAGAAUGAAGUGUCAUACUGGCAACUAAUUUUUUUUUAAUUUAUAAAGUGUUUACCCCAUGACAUUGACUUAUUGGAAUAUGAGAGAUAAGAGAGGUAAAAAGGAAAAUAUUUGAGCAUUAAAAAUUGAAAAAUGGAAGCACUCUAAUCCAAUCCAUUCCAAAAUAGAUUUCAUACAUUCUACAGCAUAGAUAACAUCAUAAAAUAUUUAAAAUUAACAGUAUCUACUGUGUAUUUCUCAGCCAAAUUGGUCAGUAUUUGUUGAUAGUGAACAAGCAAAGACUAUAAGACGCUGGACAUUGUGACCAUUAGGAAUAUAUUUAUAUGGUUUGCAGCCAUUUAAUUUGACCAUCAACCCAAGGCAAUUAUAACCAAUGAUAAUGCAAUCUAUAAUCAUAAGAAAUAUCUUAUCUCUGUGAGGAGAUUGUUAUAUUAGUCCUUUUCUCUCGUCUUUGAAAUUGGAUGGCUCCCUUAAUGAAUAUUUACCAAUCAAGUACAGUUACAAUACUUGUAUUCCUGGCCUGUUAAUUUGUAUUCAUUUUUAGCAAGGUGAUUCUGAUUAUAUUGCCUAAAAUUGGCUUCACAGUUGAGCAAUGAGCUGCCAUAGAGACACAAACACUUUUAGCUUUGUGGUUUCAAGGAGACUAAGCUGUCAGUAAAUUGCUGGGUUUUGUGAAUUUGGGGAAAGAAUUUAGUUAUCAAAAUUAAACAAUAUUUUAAGUAUUAAAUUUCAAGUCCUAUAAAACUGGAUCUGAGAAGGUCUAACCUGUGCCCAUAAAUCUAAUGAAUUUCCUAGAUGCAAAGCUUUUCAAAUAAUUUUAAUAAGAGCAUCUUAGAUGAGCUUAGGUGAAUACAAACAUUGGGAAGUAUUGCUAAAAAAAAUGAGAAUUCUAUUAGAGUAUGACAACUGAAUUAUAUUCUCCCUGAUGCCUUCAAAAGUUGUUGAGGAAAGGUUAGAUGUCAUCCAAAGAUGUUUACUUCCUAAAAAGGAAAUUUCACUGUGUUCCAACUAGAGUCCACCACACAUUUCCUCCUGCCUGCUGCCACAGUUAAUGCCAAAUUCAGUAUCCUUAUUAUCCAUUUUAUCUACUUAAGAAAUUCAUUGCAGCACUUUGUCAAAUUGUAGGAUAUGUUCAGGCUUGCAAAACAGUGAAAUGUAAAAUCGUAUGUUUAAUUAAAAAGGCAAAAGUUCUAUGUAAAUUAUUUUGGUAACUUUAGAUUUAGUCCCAUAACAGUACUUAUUUUACAUUAAAUAUUUAUUAAGUAUAUUUCAGAUAUAAAAUUGGAAAGAAAUACAAAAUUAAAAAAAACUAUGAAAGCUAAUGCUUUUUUAAGAAAAAAGGUGUAAUUCAAAUACAAUAACCUGAUUAAGUUUAAUACCUGAUGUGCUUAUUGAAAAUAUCUUCAGAAAGCACCAUUUCCACACAGUCUCUAGUUAUGCUUGUUAAUGUACAUGAGGAGUAAGAAACUCUGAAUUAAAUGCCAAAAGGAUUCAUAUGUAAAACUGUACUUGAACUUGUUUCAAUAAUUUUGCAUUUCCUUACUGUUUUAUCUUUAUGAAUUAUGCAAAAGCUUUUCUUUAAGCUUACAUUUUAAUGUAUGAUGAGUGAUUAUAGUUUGAAAAAAAAUAUAGUGAAGUACCUUGACAUUUUAUGGGUAUUAUAUAAUAUGUUGUGGAAAACAAAACAAAAAAGAAACCAUGUCAGAUAUUUCCCAUGAUGCACAGUGUCUUCAUAGUAUUAGUGAGAAAAGAUGUUCUGAAAGACUAUCCCUCAGAAAAGUAUUGCUAUUUUAUGAUGCUAAUUAUUUUUCUGCACAUCUAAAGUAUAUCUUUCCGAGGAAGAAUGUUUUCCUGUACAGAUUGAUGUCACAAUUUUUUUCAAGACAUUGUGCUUAAAAUGUAUUAAAAUGUUAUGCAUGGUUUUAUCAGCUUGGUUUUUGUUAUAUUACCUUUAGUUUAAUUUUGCAGCUAACAAACUAAUGAAUCAUUAACCUGUGAACAAUAAAUAAAUGGUCUUCCUUAUGUAACUGCAGAUAAUUUGAUCAGAAAUAAAAUAAAAAUUAAUGUUUUUCAA